AUGGCGGCUGCCACGAGGAUCCCCAGCAACACAGGGGAAAGGCAAGAUGUCCUGUCCAGACUGGACAAAAUCUUUGAAGAUUUCUGGCAGAGAGUGGAGAGCAGGAUGCAGCACCCCCCCUUCAAACAACAGGGUAGCUGCUCUACACCACGGCAAAUACACACCAAGCAGCAGCCUGGGGCUCCAGCAGCACACAGGCCCCCAACAUGGCGGCGAACCGCAAAGAGCUCACCGAUCCGGCGCAGGAAAGCUACCAAGAGGGUCGUGCCGCGGCCCAUCACGGAGACCCAUCAACGAACUGCGGUGCCGGGAAUAACCCCAAUCUGGUCACAAGGAACAACCUGUGGGCGCACACAGAGACUCAGAGGACCACCGUUCCUCUUAAAGCCACAGGACAAUGCGAUACCACUAUCCGGCAUAGGCUGA